AUGGUGUCGUCCAGUGAGGUCGAAGAUGAGUCGCUGCUUGCUAGUGCAAGGUCGCGAGUGCAAGAGCUCAAGGAGAGGGAUGACGCAAGCGACCACUUGGCAGCAGCUGUGCAAGAGGCCCGUCAGGGCUGCCGCAGCCCAGAGGGUCUCCAUGGCUUGCAAGAGGCACUGCAGAGAGCCAAGGCCAAAGGCGUUUCCGAGAAGGAGCUGCAGGACGGCGAGCAGGUCCUGGCCGAAGAGAUGCCUCGCGCGCAGGCCCGGCAGCAGCUCCGCGACGCCCAGGCCAAGGGCACCAGUGCCUUGCGCGAGGCGAUCGCUGUGGCCAAGACGACACACCUUCCGGCAGAGGAGCUGGUCCCCUUCGAGGAGCUGCUGCAAGGCGCCGAGUCCAAAGAAGCCGCAGCUGCCCAGACCUCGGGAGCUGACGUGAAAAAGCAAGUCGCCUGCAACGAGCUUCUGUAA